AUGCCAGCUUUCAUGAAACAAUGGAUUGAUGAAACAUUCACAAGAAUGUACUAUAUUCGUUAUGGAGAGGAAGGAUUGAAAUUGGAGGGCAAACCAUUAUUGAUUUCUGUAACAGCUGGUAAUUUUGAAGAGGCAUACACUCCAGAGGGUCAGAAUUUGAUUCCACUCGAUGACUUGUUGAAUCCAUUGAAAGCUCUCGCUCACAGAUGUAAAUUGGAAUGGAGCGAACCAUUCAUUACUUAUCGUGCCAAUAAGAAAUCAGUUGAAGAAUUGGAAGAAACUGCUGAACAAUAUCGUCAAUUUGUUUCCAAAUGGAUUGAAAAGUGUUAA